AUGGCUUCGUCUGUGACAGAUCGUGUAAAGAACCUUGGAGAAUCAAUUUCAGACUCGGCGAAGAACAUGUUCGAAAACGAAAAGAUUGCCGAUCUCAAGAAGGAUGUCAAGGAUUCUCAUAGCAAGCAGCAUACCACCACCGAUUAUGGUAUCAAGGUAGCAGACUUGGACCAUUGGUUGAAGGUCGUCGACGAGGAGAACGACAAAGUCGGUCCAUCUCUACUUGAAGACCAAAUUGCCAGAGAGAGGAUUCACCGUUUCGACCAUGAGCGAAUUCCUGAGCGUGUGGUUCAUGCGCGUGGCGCUGGUGCACACGGCCAAUUCAAGCUAUACGAAAGUCUUGAAGAUGUGACCACUGCCGGAAUAUUGACAGACACUUCCCGUACUACUCCUACCUUCGUACGUUUUUCCACUGUCCAAGGUAGCAGAGGCAGCGCGGACACCGUUCGAGAUGUGCGAGGUUUCGCCACCAAAUUUUACACCAAAGAGGGCAACUGGGACAUCGUUGGAAACGAUAUUCCGGUUUUCUUCAUCCAAGAAUCAAUCAAAUUCCCCGAUCUUGUCCAUGCGGUCAAGCCAGAGCCAGACAAUGAAGUGCCUCAAGGUCAGAGUGCCCAUAACAGUUUCUGGGACUUUGCCUAUCUCCACAAAGAAGCUACUCACAUGUUCUUCUGGGCCAUGUCUGAUCGAGGUAUCCCACGCUCAUACCGAAUGAUGCAGGGAUUCGGUGUCAACACUUUCUCCCUCAUCAAUGCCAAGGGUGAGAGAACUUUCUGCAAGUUCAUCUGGACUCCAGAACUCGGAGUUCAUUCCUUCGUUUGGGAUGAAGCUCUCAAGUUAGCCGGUCAGGAUCCCGACUUCCAUCGUAAAGAUCUAUACGAGGCCAUCGACAAUGGAGCCUACCCGAAGUGGAAGUUUGGUGUGCAGCUGAUCUCAGAGAAAGACGAACAUAACUUCGACUUUGACAUUCUCGACUCGACAAAGGUCUGGCCUGAGGAGCAGGUCCCCAUUCGUUACGUCGGUGAGUUGGAGCUCAACCGCAACGUCGACGAAUACUUCCCCGAAACCGAGCAAGUUGCUUUCUGUACAAGCCACAUCGUCCCGGGUAUUGAUUUUACCAACGAUCCUCUGUUGCAAGGCAGAAACUUCUCAUAUUUUGAUACCCAAUUGUCGCGUCUCGGCAUCAACUGGCAGGAGCUGCCUAUCAACAGGCCUGUCUGCCCAGUACUCAACUUUAACCGCGACGGGCAGGGACGUCACACCAUCACCAAGGGAAAAGCUAACUACUGGCCCAACCGAUUUGAUGCAAAUCCCCCCACUGGUCAUGACGGCGGUGGCUUCAUGUCGUACCCGACCAAAGAGACCGGUAUGGAUCAGCGCAAACUGGCGCCCAAGUGGAAGAACUACUUGUCACAGGCACAGCUCUUUUACAACUCCAUGUCUGAAAUUGAAAAGAAGCACAUCGCGAGUGCCCUCUCCUUCGAACUCGAUCAUUGUGAUGAUCCAAUUGUUUAUGAGCGGUUGGUCUCUCGUCUCACCGAGAUCGACCUUUCUCUUGCGGCGGCAGUUGCUGAGAAGGUCGGCGCACCUACCCCUAGCAAACAGGCGGUGGAGAACCCAGGUUUCAAGUCCAAGGGUCUAAGCCAGUUUGACUACUUGCCCGAAAAGCCAACGAUCAAGUCUCGCCGCAUCGCCAUUCUGAUCGCGGAUGGGUAUGAUGCCGCAGCAUACGGUGCGAUGAAGGCCGCGGUCCUGUCUCAGUCGGCUCUGCCAUUCACCAUCUCCAACAAACGUCAAGACGUCACGGCAGCCGAUGGUUCAACCACCGCCAAACCUGACCAUUUCCUCAACGGCCAGCGUUCGACCAUGUUCGAUGCCAUUUUCGUGCCUGGUGGCGAGCAGUCCAUCAAGACACUCAUGAGUAACGGCCUCGCUCGAUACUACGUCCGCGAGGCUUUCGCUCAUCUCAAGCCUAUCGGCGCCACCGGCGAAGGCGUCAAGCUUGUCCAAGCUGCCCUCAACGAGGUCGAUGGCGUUCAGCUGGCAAGCCAAGGGACCUCGGGCGUGAUGGACUGGUACGGUGUCGUCACUGCCCAGAAGCCAGACGACGAAUCCAGCGUCAAGAGUGGUAUCGAGAUGGUGAAGGAAGCAAAGGACUUUACUGGAAAGUUCUUUUACAAUAUUUCCAUGCACAGAAAUUGGCAGAGAGAACUCGACGGUCUUGCUGAUAUGGUGUCUGCUUAA